GGCCGAGCCAUGGAGAAUGCCGUCGGCGGGGGAGCAGGAGGCAGCAACGUCCCCGCCUUCCUCACCAAGCUGUGGACCCUGGUGGAGGACCCCGACACGGACCCGCUCAUCUGCUGGAGCCCGAGCGGAAGCAGUUUCCACGUCUUCGACCAAGGCCAGUUUGCCAAGGAGGUGCUUCCCAAGUACUUCAAGCAUAACAACAUGGCGAGCUUUGUUCGGCAGCUCAACAUGUACGGUUUCCGAAAGGUGAUCCACAUUGAGCAGGGUGGUCUGGUGAAGCCCGAGAAGGAUGACACCGAAUUCCAGCAUCCCUAUUUCAUCCGAGGCCAGGAGCACCUCCUGGAGAACAUCAAGCGGAAAGUGACAAACGUAUCAGGCAUAAAGAACGAGGACAUCCGGGUUCGCCAGGACAGCGUCACCAAGCUGCUGACUGAUGUGCAGGUGAUGAAGGGCAAGCAGGAGAGCAUGGACUCCAAGCUGGUAGCCAUGAAGCACGAGAACGAGGCCCUGUGGCGGGAGGUGGCCAGCUUGCGGCAGAAGCAUGCCCAGCAGCAGAAGGUGGUCAAUAAGCUAAUCCAGUUCUUGAUUUCGCUGGUGCAGUCGAAUCGCAUCCUUGGGGUGAAGAGGAAGAUUCCCUUGAUGCUGAACGACAGCGGCUCGGCACAUUCCAUGCCCAAGUACAGCCGCCAGUACUCGCUGGAGCGUGUCCACAGCCCAUCCCCCUACUCCGCCUCCUCCCCAGCUUACGGUGGCACGAACCUGUAUUCCCCCGACUCCUCCGCCAACUCUGGCCCGAUUAUCUCCGACGUGACAGAACUGGCCCAGUCCAGCCCCUCGGCCUCCCCCAGCAGCAGCUUCGACGAAAGGAGCAGCCCCCUGGUCCGUAUCAAAGAGGAGCCCCCCAGCCCCCCUCGCAGCCCCCAGCCCGAGGAGGCCAGCCCGGCCGCGGCUCCUGCUGCCUCCCCUCCCCUCUCGCCUGCUGCCUUCAUUGACUCCAUCCUGCAGGAGGAGGAGGAAGAGGAGGAGUCCGGCGGCACCACAGCCCCCGCCGCAGGCAGCGCCCUCGUGCAGCCCCCGCCCCCCGAAAAGUGCCUCAGCGUCGCCUGCCUCGACAAGAAUGAGCUCACCGAUCACUUGGACACCAUGGACUCCAGCCUGGAUAACCUGCAGACCAUGCUGACCACCCACGGCUUCAGCGUAGACACCAGCGCCUUGCUGGACCUCUUUAGUCCAUCGAUGACGGUGACGGAUGUGAACUUGCCAGACCUGGACAGCAGCUUGGCCAGCAUCCAGGAUCUCCUGUCGUCUCAGGAGCAGCAGAAGCCUACGGAGACGGAAGCCUCCCCAGCAGACGCAGGCAAGCAGCUGGUGCAGUACACAGCCCAGCCCCUCUUCCUGGUGGACUCCAGCUCCGUGGACCUGGGGGGCAUGGACAUGCCCAUUUUCUUCGAACUGGGGGAAGGGCCCUGCUUCACGGAAGGGAACGACUACUUGGAGGACCCCGCCAUCUCCCUCCUCUCGGGGACGGAGCCCCCCAAGCCCAAGGACCCGGCUGUCUCCUAAGGCCAAGGCAGCAAGAGAGACCGCCCUGCCCAGGGCCUGCCGCCUGCCGCCUCCUUUUGCUCCAGCGUUGCAACGAGCUCCCCCUUCACUUCGACUCUCCAGGGGCGCAAGGGUUCCGUUUGUGCGUGUGUGUGGGUGCGUGCGCUUCCUGCGGUGUCUGAGCCCCCUCUUCUGAGAGGGAAGCUCAGGGCAGGAAGGGGGUCUCCAAAGAAGGCACAGGCGCACUGGGCAGCGGCUGCCCCUGGAGGAGGCGAGGAGGCCUAUUCGACCCGUCCUUGCCCCUCUCGGCAGGCGGGGAGGUGCCGGAGGGCUUAGCCAACUGGGGGACACACAGAGGGACACCCUCCGGCCGUGAUGGACGUGUUAGCUUUGAAAGAGAAAUAAAAGACCCCCCAGCCCCCCCCGGGGCUCGAGGGCAGGGUCCCUUCCUAGUGUCUGAUGUCCUGGAGGCUCCCGGAGGUCAGGGGUCACCUGUGUGAGAAGUCGCCCCUCCCUACUCCCCUCCCCCACCGCCUUCCUUUUGGAGUGUCCCCCAUUGGGGCUUUGUUUUCCUUGGCUUAGCAGUAAGAAUUUGUACAUUCACACUUUGAUUGUUACUAGAAGAAAUUGUAUUUUGGAUUUUUACAUGAGAGAAGCCCCCCUCUCUCCCCCCAGCCUUUCUCUCCCCUGAUAUAUAAAUAUCUAUAUAUACAUAUACAAAUAUAUCUAUAUCUCUA